CCGUCAGCCGUCUUGCAUUCGCGACUCUGUGUCUCGCCUCUUUCUCCCGGCGGUCAGUCAUCUCCCUGACUCCGUGGCUUCGAGAUCGAUCGUCGGUGCAGCCUUAGAAAAUAUAGGCUAAGACAUUAGUCUAAGCCCCGCAUAUGUGAGACCCACCGGCUAUACAGCAUUCAAGAAGCCGCGAUGCAGCCCAAGAAGAAAAAAAUUAAAUUGAUGAGUGGAGAGAGAGAAGACAUCCUUCUUCAGGUGAAUCAUGUCCGCUACAAGAAAAAUAAUGGACAGCUUUACCUUUCUCAGUCCAGAGUCGGCUGGAUGAUGGAUGACUCGGACACAUUUACGGUUAGCGUUCAGUAUAGUGAUAUCCGAACACAAAAAAUCUCACCUGAGGGUAAGCCAAAGGUCCAGUUGCAGAUUGUACUGCAUGAUAUGACUACCCAUACAUUCCAUUUUUGUACGCCAGAAGGAAGGGAUAAACAGGUCAUUGAAAGGAAUCAAACAAAGGAACGCCUGGCCCAGUUAAUGGACAAAAGAAAACGCUUGCCUCCUGAUGAUUUGGUACAAAAGAAACGAAUGCUAGAUGAAAAUGAACAACUCUGUCAAUUAUAUAAGGACUUGGUAGCCACUGAUAUUAUCUCAGGAGAUGAGUUUUGGAAGGAGAUAGCUGUCCAGUACAAAAAUAACAUGGGCCCAAAUCAAGAUGUUGGAAUAUCAGGAGCUUUUCUUGCUGAUAUUAAACCGCAGACUGACGGGAGCAACGGAAAAGUACAAUAUAACAUUACACCAGAGAUUAUGCUUGCUGUAUUCAAGACGUACCCUGCAGUGAAGAAAAAGCACUCUGAAUAUGUACCACACAGAAUGAGUGAAGCAGAGUUCUGGACGCGUUUCUUUCAGUCACAUUAUUACAGUGUUCAUACAAACAGUAGUAGUGAAAAUGUGUUUUCAGAAUGUGCAAAAUAUGAUGACAAAGAGUGGAACAGAGAUGUAGAGUCAGCUAAAACUGACCCCUUGUAUGACUUAAAUGAUAUUUAUGAAGAGAAGCCAAUGUCGAUAGACAGUGAUAUCAGGAUUGCUGGUGCCAAGGCAGGAAGUAAUAUUAUGCAUGCCACUAUGAUUAAAAGGUUUAACCAACAGAGUGUCGGUAUUAUUAAAGCACACGCAUACACAGAAAGAGAGAAACUGUUAGAUGAAUUAGCUGCCCAGAACCCAGACAGUCUUCCUAAUGGUGAUGCAGAUCCUGAGGUAGAAGUACAGAAAAGUAAAAAGGUUCGUUUAGAAGAAAAAGUAACAUAUGAUGACCUUCAGGGUCCUUCCAAAGUUGAAAGUGCCUCACUAACCAUAAACCAGACACAUCGGUACUUAAUAGGGCCUACAGAAUACGCCAGCGUACAGAGACUUGAACCUCGUCAGGUAAGCAUUUUGCAACAACAAAUGGUGGCCACUGUGUGCAACUGGAAACCAGAUUUGCCAAAUUCACAAGAUCCAGAUGCUGCUUAUAUGAAUCUUCAGCAAUUUAGUGAGAUGUGUCGGAGAGGUAGAACAAGUGGAGGCAUUCGGUCAGGUGAUGAACUGCCUGGAAAAUUACACAAAGAACUUACAUUAGUUUACAGUAGUGCAGGAGAACUGUUAAGGCAUUUUUGGUCUUGUUUUCCUCCAAGAACACCACAAUUACAGGAAAAACUACACAGAAUGCAUCAGACCCUCUGUCGUUACCAUGAAAAAACAAUUAGACCAUUUCGGGACAUGGCUGUGAAUGAUUACAACUGCAAUGCAACCAUCUUGGACCAUCUGUUAGGAAUGAUCAACAUAGCAAACACAAAGUAUGAAAAUUGGAAGGCGCGAAAUUCUAGGUGAAAGGGCCAGUUCAGCAUAAGUUUGUAUAAAAUUAAUGUCAAAUUUAGGUUAAUACUAAAUAUAGAUUCUGUAUAUACGACAUUCAUAUGUACAUCAUAUCUUUGGCACUGCCUUGUGACCCUCCAUAAUUAACGUAUUCCAGUGAAAUGAUUCGGUCAUGGCUUUAAUAUAAUGUUCCUAAUGUGAAAAGACCCUUUGGUUAGCAUUUUAUAUAUACUGUAAUGUGCAAAAUUAAAAUUUAUCUAUUGAAAUUAUUAAUAUUGGUUUUGAUUCAUCACAGCAGACAUCACAACUAAUAUAUCAGUCAAAUUAACAACUACAAGUAUUUACUGUGUAGCAAUACACUAGUAAUACCAAGGAGACUCAUCCAUACCAGUAUUACUAAUAAGUAUCAAUGUAUAAAAGGUGGAUCAAGAUCAAAUGAUGUAAAUAUAGGCAAUUUUGUGUAUUUUACAAUAAAUUCUCAAUUCAUGAAACCAUGUACUAUGUACAGAAAGAAGCCCCUAAAGAGUAUACUGUAAUAUAAUUUGCUACUAUGAGAUUCAGGGCCUCUGUAACACGGUUUUUUGGACUUUGCUCCUUGUCAAAGCAUCGGAUGUAGCUGAAAGUUGGCCAUAUGUAGAUUUUGCAAACACACACAAAUUUUGUCAGCAUUAUCAAUAACCUAAACCCGACAGUUUUAAUUUUUAUAGAGUAAAAAUGAUCUAGCCGACGCCAUGGCCAAUGAUUACGAGCCAAGAGUCGAAAAACAUUCAUAACGUA